AGCAGCGCAACGACAUGUACCGAUCCUACAGUCGGUAAACAGUUAUAGAAUCCCGCUUCAUAGUGCAUCCAAUCGAAUUCAUUAGGACUUUAGACUUUUAGCUACGUCCAGUGAUUACGAGAUUGUCGCCAGUACUAUAUUAAGGAUAAUUGAUCGGCUGUAUUUGCAAAGAUCAGUCACUCACAGUUUCUUAGUCGAACGAAAAUGGCACGCGUACUCGUUGGAGUGAAAAGAGUAAUCGAUUAUGCAGUAAAGAUUCGCGUGAAACCUGAUAAGACCGGAGUCGUCAUGGAUGGUAUUAAACAUUCGAUGAAUCCUUUCGAUGAGAUCGCCAUAGAGGAAGCUGUUAGACUAAAAGAAAAAAAGAUUGCCCAGGAAGUGAUAGCGGUUAGUUGCGGACCAACACAGUCGCAAGAUACAAUCAGGACUGCACUCGCUAUGGGUGCGGACCGUGGGAUUCAUAUAGAAGUAUCGGGUUCCGAUUAUCAGACACUGCAGCCUAUUCAUGUCUCCAAACUUCUGGCAAAGUUGGCUAAGGAAGAAAAAGUGGAUUUGGUGAUACUUGGUAAACAAGCUAUAGAUGACGAUAAUAAUCAAACCGCGCAAAUGACCGCAGGUGUUUUGGACUGGCCAUCUGGAACAUUUUGCAGUAAGAUUGAACACAAUAAUGGUGAAUUAACUGUCACACGUGAAAUUGACGGGGGAUUAGAAGUUAUUAAAAUGAAAACUCCUGCGGUCUUGAGUGCUGAUCUCCGCUUGAAUGAGCCACGUUACGCGACUCUACCGAAUAUUAUGAAAGCUAAGAAGAAACCUAUCAGGAAACUCACUCCAAAGGAUCUUGGGAUUGAUAUAACAUCAAGAAUUGAAAUACUCUCGGUAGUAGACCCGCCAGUUAGGCAAGCUGGUGCUAUAUUACCGGAUGUUGAUACUUUGAUUGCUAAAUUAAAGGAAGGUGGCCACGUUUAGCUAUAAAAAAAAAGUGCAGUUGUUCUUAUCUCUUGUUAUAUAUAUUUUACAACUUUUUAUAUAUAUAUAUAUAUAUAUAUAGCAUAUUUUUGUACAUUUUCAGAAAUUGUACACAAUAUAUGUUUUAAUAAAUUUGUACCGUGUAUGAAGAA